GAGGGGGCCGCGAGCGGCAAGGAGAUCGCCGCCCGGUGGGAUGCCGAGGUCUCCGCGGCGAGCACCAGCGACGUCGGCGCGGCCGCUGCGGCGGUCGAGGCGAACGCCGCCGCGGCGGCUGGCGACCCCGCCAGCCCCACUUUCGGCGCCCCUGCAGCCGGCGGCCGCCGGCCCCCUGGGCUCUUCGGCGCGCCCGCAGCCAGCGACCCCGCUGGCCACGCCGACCAGCAG